AUGGCUAAAGGCGGUUUUUGGACCACGCAAAAGAGUGCACACCAUCUCGAAGAACCCCAAUUGCUCAGCCUGGGUAGCACCGGACUAGUAUUCAAGCUUAGCGACGCCAUCGUCGUGAAAAAGAGCCGUCUUGGCCGCAGCGACUAUAUUACAGCCGAACAAAAAGUCUUUACAAUAUUAAAACGCCAACCGCCAUCACCAUACAUUAUCCAGCACUUUCACGACACCAAGGACGCAAUAUUCUUGGAGUUCAUGUCGGGUGGGAAUCUUGGAACCAUCCUUAACGACGAACAAGCGAAAGACGGGUCAACGCAGAGAGUAAUUCGAGUAGAGAAGUUGCAGACGGCGGAAGACUGUCUCCGGUGGACGCGGCAGCUUGCAACGGCAGCAGCUUGGCUCGAGCAGCUGGGUUUGGCGCACUGCGAUAUUUGGCCAGCCAACAUAUUGCUGUCCGACGCGCGGGACAUCAAGCUUGCAGACUUUGAUCGUGCGUGCAAGAUCGGAGACACCGUACCCUCUCUGACGGAACCUUUUGCUCGGCUACUAGGGGAUGAGGGUGGCUCGGAUUGCGGAACCUACGGCACCGCUGGUUAUCGAACAGAGCAAUUCGCCAUAGGUUCAGUCGCCUAUGCCUUGACGCGCGGUCAUGAUCCCUAUGAGGACGAGUGGUGGGGGCGUGACCAUGGUCCCAUUUGUCAGGGUAAGCUCCAGGAUAUGGAGUUUCCAGUUCUAGGUAAAGACAAGUACGAUAGUAUCAUUGAGAACUGCUGGCAUGGUCGGUAUGAGUCUAUCGCUCAACUGUCGGAAUAUAUGGCUGGCUUGGAUCAAUAUUCAUGCGAGGUCAUCGAGCAGCAGGCAAGCGCCUCUGAUGCCAGAUCUAGGAAGCACGAGUGCGAGAUGCUGGUUCAAAGUGGCGUCCUUGAAAAGCUCUUUACCUGCUAA